CCAACACUCAUCCACCCAAUCAUGGCCGCUCAGGACCUCUCACAGAAGAUGGCCGAUCUGGCCGCAGCCGACGAUCCGCAAGCCACUCCGUCAGCCUCGAAGUCAGCGCAAGAACAAAAGGUCACGCCCUGGGACGUGAGCGGCGCAGCAGGGGCAGACGGUAAAGUCCAGGCAAUCGACUACGACAAGCUCAUCAACGAGUUUGGUACUCGCCACAUCACGCCCGAGCUGCUCGAACGAUUCGAGAAGGUGACGGGACAUCGCCCUCAUCCCUUGCUCAGGCGCGGGUCCUUCUUUUCGCAUCGAGAAUUGGAUGCCAUCCUAACGCGGUAUGAGCAGGGAAAGGAGUUCUACCUGUACACGGGGCGCGGGCCGAGUAGUGACACCAUGCACAUGGGCCACUUGAUCCCAUUCUUGUUCACCAAAUGGCUCCAGGACGUCUUCGACGUACCGCUCGUCGUGCAACUCACCGAUGACGAGAAGUUCCUCUUUCGUCCUGGACUCACUCUCAAGGACGUCAGGCGGUUUGCGUUUGAGAAUGCGAGGGACGUCAUUGCGUGCGGGUUCAGGCUGGACAAGACGUUCAUUUUCAACGACCUCGAUUACAUGGGCGGCCCCUUCUAUCACAACGUCUGCACCAUCUCUCGAGCCAUUACCACGAGCCAGUCCAAGGGAACAUUCGGCUUCAACGACUCCGACUCGGUGGGCAAGCUCCACUUCGUCAGCAUCCAAGCCGCCCCCUCCUUCUCCUCCUCCUUCCCUCAGAUCUUCGGAGAACGCAGCGACGUCCCCUGCCUGAUCCCAUGCGCCAUCGAUCAAGACCCCUACUUUCGCCAAACACGAGACGUGGCUGGUCGUCUAAAGCUUCCUCGCCCCUCGUUGAUCCACGCCAAGUUCUUCCCUGCGCUCCAAGGCCCGGGAACAAAGAUGAGCGCCUCGAACCCAAACAGUAAUAUCGCCAUGACCGAUACGGCUAAGCAGAUCAAGGACAAGAUUAACAAGCACGCCUUCUCGGGCGGAAGGGAUACACUUGAGGAGCACAAGAGGCUAGGUGGGAACCCGGAUGUGGAUGUUGCGUACCAGUACAUGGGCUUCUUCCUUGACGAUGAUGAGGAGAUGGAGCGCACGGCGCAGCAGUACAGGAGUGGAGAGUUGACCAGCGGAGAGAUGAAGAAGAAGUGCAUCGCCGUGCUGCAGGCUGUGGUCAAAGGAUUCCAGGAGCGCAAGGCCGCCAUUAGUGACGAUGUGGUUCGGCAGUUCAUGGAUCGUGAGCGCAGGAUCGAUCCGCGUGUUAAGCCGAGAGGGGAGAAGAAGGGAGACGUGCCGGUUGUGGGGACGACGGUGGGGAGCGUUGGGGAGGCGGUCAAGAAGGUCGAGGAGAGCAAGUGAGCGCGGCGGGAGGGAGUGUGUUAGAGGAUCCAUUGCAUUGUUAAUGCUAGACGUGCGCAGAGCAGUCGUGAACCUCACCCCCUACCCAUCGUAGGCGUGAGCAUGCCAGCCACGUGGCCCCCUUCGC